UGUUUCAUCCGCAAAGUCUGCUCCUUCAAAAUAAAAAUCUCUUCUUCUGUUUUUAUUUUUUGGGUUAAAAGUCCAAAUAUUUCACAGCUUGGAUUGAAGAACAGAAGCUGAAAGCUCUCACGAUUGAGAACACUUUCUUCUUUCUCUUGGUGGCUUAUUGGAGAAUCGCAGAAUGGGAAGAUUGAAGGAAAGAUUUCAGGCUUUCGUGAACAAUAGAUGGCUGGUUUUUGUGGCUGCAAUGUGGAUACAAUCUUGUGCUGGGGUUGGGUAUAUAUUUGGUAGCAUAUCACCUGUGAUAAAGAGUUCUUUGAAUUAUAAUCAAAGACAGCUUUCAAAGUUGGGUGUGGCCAAAGAUCUUGGAGAUAGUGUUGGGUUUCUUGCUGGUAGUUUAUCUGACAGAUUGCCUUUAUGGGGUGCUUUGCUUGUUGGUGCUUUUCAGAACCUUAUAGGUUAUGGUUGGGUUUGGUUGAUUGUUACGGGCAGAGCUCCAGUUUUGCCUUUGUGGGCUAUGUGCAUCUUAAUAUUCGUGGGAAACAAUGGUGAAACCUACUUCAAUACAGCUGCUCUGGUUUCUUGUGUGCAAAACUUUCCCAAAAGCAGGGGUCCAGUGGUAGGGAUACUCAAGGGCUUUGCGGGUUUAAGUGGUGCAAUUUUGACUCAGAUAUACACGAUGAUCAAUUUCCCAGAUCAAGCAUCUUUAAUAUUCAUGAUCGCGGUCGGGCCAGCAAUGGUAGUUAUUGCUCUAAUGUUCAUUAUCAGACCUGUUGGAGGUCACAGACAAGUACGGCCAUCCGAUGGUUUAAGUUUUACCUUUAUUUAUAGCGUGUGCCUCCUAUUGGCUGCUUACUUGAUGGGAGUCAUGCUUCUGGAAGAUCUUGUUAGUGUGAGCCACACUUUGGUCACAAUUUUUACAGUGAUUUUGUUCUUUCUUCUUAUCACUCCCAUAAUUGUUCCUAUUGCAUUGAGUUUCUCCGAAGAGCCUAGAGAUCCGGUAGAAGAAGUUCUUCUACCAAAGUCGGAGCAACAAGAAGCUGGAAAACCUGAGCAGAGUGAUCAGGAACAUGAAGUGAUAUUCAGUGAGGUUGAAGAUGAGAAACCUGUGGAAGUAGACUUGCUUCCAGCAUCAGAACGGCAAAAAAGAAUUGCUCAGUUGCAAGCAGAACUUUUCCAGGCUGCCGCUAAAGGAGCAGUAAGGGUGAAGAGAAAGAGAGGUCCUCAUAGAGGAGAAGACUUUACCUUGAUGCAGGCUUUGAUCAAAGCUGACUUUUGGCUCAUCUUUUUCUCUCUUCUAUUAGGUUCAGGAUCAGGUUUGACUGUGAUAGAUAAUCUUGGUCAGAUGAGCCAGUCUCUGGGGUAUGAUAAUACUCACAUAUUUGUAUCCAUGAUUAGCAUUUGGAACUUUCUUGGUCGUGUUGGUGGGGGUUACUUCUCAGAGAUUAUAGUGAGGGAUCAUGCUUAUCCAAGGCCAGUAUCUAUGGCUGUUGCUCAGCUUGUUAUGGCUGUUGGCCAUGUUUUCUUUGCUAUGGGAUGGCCUGGGGCCAUGUACAUUGGUACUUUAUUAAUUGGGCUUGGCUAUGGUGCUCAUUGGGCAAUUGUCCCAGCUGCUGCCUCUGAGUUGUUUGGCUUGAAAAAGUUUGGGGCUCUGUACAAUUUCCUCACGCUGGCAAAUCCUGCAGGUUCACUUGUCUUCUCAGGUGUAAUUGCUAGCAGUAUUUACGACCAUGAAGCAGAGAAGCAAGCUCAUCAACAUCAUAUCCAGCUGCAGAUGUCAGGCUUACUUUUCUCAGGGUUGUAUGGUCAGGAUGAAGUGCUCAAGUGUGAAGGUUCUGUAUGCUUCUUUCUGACUUCCAUGAUCAUGUCUGGAUUUUGUGUCAUUGCAGCUGUUUUAAGCAUGAUACUUGUGUACCGUACUAAGACUGUUUAUGCCAACCUUUAUGGAAAGUCUCGCACUUGAUUUCAAGAAUGCAAUCUAGGAAGGUCUCUCAUGGAUGUUUUGUCCCUUUUAAGUGGCAUUUUUUCGUGAAAACUGAGAUUGUAUUAGUUUUCACUAAGUUUGUGAUAACAGUGUUGUAAUGAUGGUACUGCAGAAUCUGGUUCAGUGAUUCCAUUUACUUGUUAAAAGACUCUGCUUUAAGUGUUGAAGUGGUGUACUUCACAUGUUAUUUAUACUACGUUUGAUUUUGAUGA